GCUUUAUUUUAAUAGAUUGCAGUUAUAGAAGAUAGACACCCAGGAGAUUUUGCCUUUCGCGAUGGCUCAGUUUGGAGGACAGAAGAAUCCCCCUUGGGCUACUCAGUUUACAGCCACUGCAGUAUCCCAGCCAGCUGCUCUUGGUGUACAGCAGCCAUCAUUGCUUGGAGCCUCUCCUACAAUAUACACCCAGCAGACAGCAUUGGCGGCAGCAGGCCUAACUACGCAAACACCAACCAACUAUCAGCUAACUCAGACAGCUGCUUUACAGCAGCAAGCUGCAGCCGCAGCAGCUGCGUUACAGCAGCAAUAUUCACAACCUCAACAGACUCUCUAUAGUGUACAGCAACAGUUGCAGCAACCUCAGCAGACCAUUUUAACCCAGCCAGCUGUUGCACUGCCUACCAGUCUUAGCCUAUCUACUCCUCAACCAGCAGCCCAGAUAACUGUUUCUUAUCCAGCACCCCGGUCAAGUCAGCAGCAAACCCAACCACAAAAGCAGCGUGUCUUCACUGGGGUAGUUACUAAGCUACAUGAUACAUUUGGUUUUGUGGAUGAAGAUGUCUUUUUUCAGCUUAGUGCUGUUAAAGGAAAGACCCCUCAGGUGGGCGACAGAGUUUUGGUAGAAGCUACCUAUAAUCCUAAUAUGCCGUUCAAAUGGAAUGCGCAGAGGAUCCAGACACUUCCAAAUCAGAACCAGGCUCAAGCUCAGCCUUUACUCAAGACACCUCCGGCAGUACUUCAGCCCAUCGCGCAGCAAACUGCAUUCAGUGUUCAGGCACAGCCGCAGCCACAGUCCUUGUUGCAGGCACAGAUUUCGGCUGCUUCAAUCACACCUUUGCUUCAGACGCAGCCUCAGCCGUUACUGCAGCAGCCGCAGCAGAAAGCUGGCUUGCUGCAGCCCCCUGUUCGUAUAGUUUCACAGCCUCAACCAGCUCGAAGAUUAGACCCGCCAUCCAGAUUCUCUGGGAGGAAUGACAGAGGAGGAGACUCUAUGCCAAACCGAAAAGAUGACAGGAGUCGCGAAAGAGAAAGAGAGAGACGUAGGUCCCGGGAAAGAUCACCCCAGAGAAAACGCUCCAGAGAGAGAUCACCUAGACGAGAGAGGGAACGAUCACCUCGAAGACCACGACGUGUUGUUCCUCGUUACACGGUUCAGUUUUCCAAGUUUUCGUUGGACUGCCGUAGCUGUGAUAUGAUGGAACUGAGGCGGCGUUACCAGAACUUGUAUAUCCCGAGCGAUUUCUUUGAUGCUCAGUUUACAUGGGUGGAUGCUUUUCCUAUGUCUAGACCAUUUCAGCUGGGAAACUACUGUAAUUUCUACGUAAUGCAUAGAGAAGUAGAUCCUAUAGAUAAAAAUGCUGCUGUUCUUGAUCCACCUGAUGCUGAUCAUCUGUACAGUGCAAAGGUGAUGUUGAUGGCUAGUCCUAGUAUGGAAGAUCUCUAUCAUAAGUCAUGUGCUCUGGCUGAAGAUCCCCAAGAACUUCGUGAUGGAUUUCAGCAUCCUGCUAGACUUGUAAAGUUUUUAGUGGGUAUGAAAGGCAAAGAUGAAGCUAUGGCUAUUGGAGGACACUGGUCCCCCUCACUGGAUGGACCUGAUCCAGAAAAGGACCCUUCGGUGCUGAUAAAGACGGCUAUUCGUUGUUGCAAGGCUCUUACGGGGAUUGACUUAAGUGUGUGCACACAAUGGUACCGUUUUGCAGAGAUUCGCUACCAUCGCCCUGAGGAGACCCACAAGGGGCGUACAGUUCCAGCUCAUGUGGAGACAGUGGUUUUAUUUUUCCCGGAUGUUUGGCAUUGCCUUCCCACCCGCUCAGAGUGGGAAACCCUCUCCCGAGGAUACAAGCAGCAGCUGGUCGAGAAGCUUCAGGGUGAACGCAAGGAGGCUGAUGGAGAACAGGAUGAAGAGGAAAAGGAUGAUGGGGAAGCUAAAGAGAUCUCUACACCUACGCACUGGUCUAAACUGGAUCCAAAAACCAUGAAGGUAAAUGACCUUCGCAAAGAAUUAGAAAGUCGAACUCUUAGCUCUAAAGGACUGAAAUCUCAGUUGAUAGCUCGCCUGACAAAGCAGCUGAAAGUAGAGGAACAAAAAGAAGAGCAAAAGGAGCUAGAGAAAUCUGAGAAAGAAGAGGAAGAGGAGGAGGAUAGGAAGUCUGAAGAUGACAAAGAGGAAGAAGAAAGAAAGCGGCAGGAAGAAAUGGAACGUCAACGGCGAGAGAGGCGAUACAUCUUGCCUGAUGAGCCAGCAAUCAUUGUACAUCCUAACUGGGCAGCAAAAAGUGGAAAGUUUGAUUGUAGCAUUAUGUCUCUUAGUGUUCUUCUGGACUAUAGAUUGGAAGAUAAUAAAGAGCAUUCCUUUGAGGUGUCAUUGUUUGCAGAACUCUUCAAUGAAAUGCUUCAGAGGGAUUUUGGUGUCAGAAUUUACAAAGCCCUGGUUUCCCUCCCAGAGAGGGAGGACAAAAAAGACAAAAAAGGCAAAAAAGAUGAGAGAAAAGAAAAAAAAGAAGAAAAAGAUGAUGAAAAUGAUGAACCAAAACCCAAGAGGAGAAAAUCUGGAGAUGACAAAGAUAAAAAAGAAGAUAGAGAUGAAAAGAAGAGGGAAGAUAAAAGAAAAGAUGAUUCUAAAGAUGAAGAGGAAACUGAAGAUGAUAAUAACCAAGAAGAAUAUGAUCCAAUGGAGGCAGAAGAUGCUGAAGAUGAAGAUGAAGAAUGCAGACCACUCGCAACUCCCAUUGAAGUCAGUAGGAGAUACCGGGAUGAAGAGGAAAUGAACAAACGGGAAGACAGAAGAGAGGGAAAUAGGCACUGUAAAGAGAGGUCAUCUAAAGAUAAAGAGAAAGACAAGACACAGAUGAUAACUGUUAAUAGGGAUCUUCUGAUGGCUUUUGUUUAUUUUGAUCAAAGUCACUGUGGAUAUCUUCUGGAAAAGGACAUGGAGGAGAUACUGUACACUCUUGGACUACACCUAUCACGUGCUCAGGUCAAGAAGCUACUUAAUAAAGUAGUACUUAGAGAAUCCUGCUUUUACAGAAGACUAACAGAUACUUCUAAAGAUGAAGAAAAUCAAGAAGAGUCUGAAGAACUACAGGAAGAUAUGUUAGGGAACAGAUUACUGUUACCAUCGCCUACAAUAAAGCAAGAAUCAAAAGCUGUAGAGGAAAAUGUUGGCCUCAUAGUGUACAAUGGAGCCAUGGUUGAUGUUGGGAGCCUUUUGCAGAAGCUGGAGAAAAGUGAAAGAGUACGGGCAGAGAUAGAACAAAAGCUUCAGUUACUAGAAGAAAAAACAGAUGAGGAUGAAAAGACCAUACUUCAGCUGGAGAAUUCUAACAAAAGUCUGUCUACCGAACUCAAAGAAGUCAAAAAGGACCUGGGCCAACUACAGGAAAAUUUAAAGAUCUCGGAUGAUAAAAAUCUGCAGUUUGAGAGUCAGCUGAAUAAGACAAUCAAAAAUCUAGCUACUGUUAUGGAUGAAAUACACAGUGUUCUUAAACAGGAUGUUGUGAAGAACGAAGAUAAAGAUCAGAAAUCCAAAGAAAAUGGGGCAAACGUAUGAUAAAACUGCUGCUGUUUAGAAGAAUGGUGUUACAUAAUGUAAUAUAAAUCAUGAUACCAGAAUGUAUGGGAAGUGAUGCAUGUUUGAUUUUAGUAGUAUAAAUAUCUUAGUUCCCGAAAGAUGUAUAAAGUUUUACGAAUGUGAGUGUCUGCUUCUGAAGAUUGCUUGUAAUUCUUAGCAUUCAAUUUAUGAGACACUCCUUGAGUGAAAAUAAUUUUGCAUUGCAAAAUGUUUUAGGAUGAACUUUGUUAUAGUUUUAACCCUAAUAAAGUUCAUCAACAUAAUGAACAGUAGCAAGUAUUUAAUUACCAAAUGUUUUUCAUUAAAGUCUAGUGAAAUCAAAAUUUUCAUUAUUUAUAGAAUUGCCAUUUUUAGGUUUUAUUUUUAUUUCAGUCUAAUUAGUCUUUUUAAAUUCAAAUAUAAAUCAUAAAAUAGCAUGCUGCUUAAUUUUGCAAGUAAAGAUUUUUAAAAAAAAAAAACUUCUUGGAUUUUUUUUACUUGUCACAACUUUCUUUUCCCUAAUGUAACUUUCUUCCCCGAAGCUGCUUGUAUUAAAGCCUCAUAAUAUACAGUAGUUCAGAUGAGUUAAGAAAGCAAUAGAAACCUGCCAAAAUAUUGGUAGGGCUGUGAGAUUUAUAUGAAAAUAUAUGGGCCUGUUUUAAAUGUAUGUCAUUUGUGUUCCUUUAAUUGUUCUUAUCUUUGGAUUAAUAUAUAUAUAUGCUCCUUUUUAAUAACAAAUGCCGUGUAUUAAAAUGUAAGGUUGGAUACCAGGCCAGUAGAUGUCAGAAUAAUGCCUUACAUGGGGAAAAUGCUACCAUUGUAAGCCUCCUUUAAUUAAAAUUGACUUCUUUUGUAGCUAGCAUGUAUAAUUACUUUGAAGACUUUAGUCUGAGAAAAGAAUGGAUGCACAAGUAUUAAUACUCUAUAUUAUAAUUCUUAAGGAGCAGGACACGAUUUGUUUUGUUGAAAGUGGGUUAAUAUGCUGCCUUCUGUUGUGUUCACAAAUCACUAGAGUUCUAAACUUAAUGUGGCAUUGUUGUCAAGGGCAACUUACUCAGAUAAUGUGCAGUACGAACAAUUGUAUUUUGGUGCAAACUUUGAGGAAAAUGAUGAGUUUUUGAAGGUUGAGGCAGAAGUGUUUUCUUAGAAAAAUGGUUAGUUUUAGUAAACUUAUUUUAAACCUAGAUAUCCUAGGUAACUAAAUAGCUGUUAGGAGAGUCUGAGUGCCAUAACAUGUAUGAAUUGCCUACAUGGAAACUCAUGUAGCUUUACUGAUAAAUACAUUAAAAUGCCUGAAUUUAUGUUCAAAAAAGUCUUAAGCUGGUGCUUUUAUCACUUACCUUUCUUGGCUCUCUUGGAGCAAGACAAGUAAAAUACCUUUUUUUUUUUUCAUUGAAAUAACAUGCAUAAACUUCCCCUCCAUUCAUCUCAAUGGAGUCACUGUGUAAUAUCUUAACUGUUCACACCAGACUGGGCGAUACUAUAAAAAGAUUAAUUGCUGCAUAUGAGUACACAGAAAAUGCAUGCUUGAUGAGUUGUCUCAUAAAAUAAAAAUGUGACUGAAGGAGGAUGGUAAAAAUCUUUUGCAAUCAAAUGAUAUUUUUCAUCUUUACCUUUGUACAAGUUGUUGACUAGUACAGCAUGAAUCGUUACCAACUUUGAGCACCACUUACUUAAAGACACUGAUGAAAGGAUUGAGUUUGGAAAAACCUUGUUCAGAAGGAGUUUUCAGUAGUGUGUAUGAACGGACAAGCUUCUUACAGUCUCAGACAAGUUGAAGGAUGAAAACAUCUUUGUAGGCACGCUGGAAGAUCUGUUGGAAUACUUGCAGGUGUUUCUCUGUGUGUCCUUUGUGACAAUAAUACCUUACAUUUUUGAGAUGCUAAAUGAAAUCUGAAAGCAGUUAUCACAGAUAACGAGCAGGCCUCAUCUUAUGUUUUGGUGAGUGGUUGGCUGUGUGAGGUAGCUGCCAAACCCAUAUAGAUUUUUUUUUUCAAUAUUUCAGAAAAAUAUAAGUGCUAGAAUGAUUGUAAUCUUUCUCUCUGUGGCUUUGAUGUGACUCUCUGCAUUUAUGUUGGGGAGGAAAUUAAAAGGGUAAAGAAUAAAGGGGGGGAGGAUUCAAAAACAUUAACCGUCUACACAGUGUGUGAUCGGUCUGCUGAAGCCCAAAUAACUGAGGAAGAAAAGACACUCCUGCAAGCUGUUUAAGGCACUUUGUAUCAAACAGUGCAAGUUACAGGGUUCUGCUAUUCUUCUAUGUAUAUACGUUAUUAUUGCUGGUCAUUAGCUAAAGCUUCUCAGCAAUAUUCCCAAGAAUGCAAGUAAUUCUCAGAAAAGUCUAGCGGAGUACCACACAUGGAGGUCAGGAGAAGCCAUCUUCUGUCAGUUGCGACUUAGGAACAAUGUUUUUUCAUUUCAUGCAUCUUUCAUGUCUGUAGUUCCCAUCUCUUGGGCUUUCCAUUUCUGCAGUCUUUCACUAGGUAUCAGUUGCUGGUAAAAGGGAACCUCAGAUAGGUCUUACUGUGGUGCAUCAACACAGAGUGGGCUGAAAGUCCAGUUUACUUGUAGUUUUGCUAUGGGAAGCAGUAAAUCCAGGACUGCCUUGUUCUGUAGCAGCAGCCUGAACUGAGAGAGUACUGCUACAACAGACUAGUAAAUAGAAACUCAUCUUGGCUCAUAGAUGGUUUUUUUUCCCCCCUCCGUUUUGUAAAGCCCUAAUAUGGAGGAAUUAAUGAACUGAACCCUUAGGAAGUGAUACUCAAGAAUAAUGGACAUCUAUGAAAAAGGAUAGGAAGGUAAACGCUCCACAUGAUAAAUCUGCAUGGAAAAUAGUGUAGAAUUGAGCAGACUUGCAUGAGGCUCUGUGCUUGCUCCGGUAAUCAAAUGGCAGAAGCGUAUAGCUUCAGUGGUACGUACCAACAGUGGCAAAAAAAGUAAUAAUGAAUUUUUGCUGACAUUUUCUGUAGAGUUGAGGGUUGAAGGGGAGAUAAAUGGAGCUGCUGCCUGCAACGCCUGGGCAGUGCCACACCAGGCUUUCUUCCUGGUCGUCUCAGUUUGUCCUCCAGCUCAGCCUGCGUAACCUUUUUUUAAUGUUCAGAUGGAAAUAACUGCUUUGAGAGAUGUUAAUGGCUGCUAGUCCAUUUUUCUACUGAGUAAUCUACUAUUGCUAACAUCUGUUUGGAUUUAUGUAACAGUCAACUUUCACUGGUAAUUUUAUCAGGAAUGUGCACAAACACGUGUGUGGUUUGUUUUUUUUAUUUUUUCCCCUCUUGCCUUUCUGUAAAGUUUGUGAACCUGGUCAGGUUCUUAUCUCGAGUGCAUUUGUUCAGUGCAGUUCAUAUUUAAAAACGUAACAUAUAAGUCAGUAAUUCAAUAAUUUUUGGGGAGUAACUUGAGUCUUACGACCUGUGAUAUAUUAGGAAACGUGUGGGUAGGACAAUCAAUGCAUUUAUGCCAAUAUCUCCUAGGAAGUAGAAAUGGUACAAAUAGAAAUUCUACUGCAACUUGGACAUUCCCACUUAGUACAACAAUAAAAAUAGCAUAGAUAACCUUUACUCAGCUAUCAAAACCGCCAGCGUCUUCCCAACAAACUUGUUUGUUUCUAUGUACUGUGUCUCCUUAGAUGUGUUGCACUGGAAAGUAGUAAGAGCAGAGGAGAAAAAUUUAAUAUCAAAAUUACUAUUUUUAAAGCAAAAAUAACUUUCCAUUUUUUUAUUUAUCUGCUAGAGAGCAUAGGGCAUCAUGAAGCGGAACAUAAAUUUAGCUUUUUAGAAUACAUGGAAUACUGCCUGAAGCCACGUUUUGCAGCAUUUUAACUGUGCUUAAGAGCAUUGCUUUUGCAUUUCUGGACAUCUGAUAUCUGAAUUUAUAUUGGAAACUCGUGAUACUGUGCUGUUUCCGAUUUUUUUGUAUCACGCUGUUUUUUAAAUUGUUGCUAUCUCUAACAAUUGAGUUGUAACUGGCAUGAGGAUUCAGGUUGAGUCCUCUAUGUUACACAAAACUGGCAUAUUUUCAGGUGCAAUUGAGCAACCCUGCAAACUGUUCUAUCGAGCCUAGUGGUUCAGUUCUCUUAACCUUUCUAAAUUUACAGAGCAAAAUAGUGAUGACUGGAGUUGUUGCAUGCUGCCAUGUGUUAAGAGUUUUUCUCCUAAAGAUGUUUAGGUACUACCUCACCGUUACAUUGAGACCAUUUACAGAGCACAUUAAGCCGCAGUUCUUGCAAAUGCUCCUGAGAAUUGUAUUGCAAGGCUUAUUUUGGCGUACCACAGCAAUACUUGAAUAUUGUCCUUCUAUUUAGAAAUAAUGGUCGUCUUUUCCAUGCCUCCCCCAGGCUUGUAGCCAGCUUUCAUUCCUGCUGAUACCUUGGUUUGGUGUCUCGAGGCACAUGCACGUGCGCUUUCCGUAGGUGAGCUGUCUCCCGCCAUGGUGAGGAGCUGUUCUGAUACGUGGUCAGAGGCAAGUGUUACGGUCCCUGUGGCUGCUCAGAAAGUCCUUACUCCUACAGGAUCUUCUUUUUUUAGCAGAUACUGGAAAGUUGUGAUCUGUUGGAACAAAUAGAUAAAGAUAGUCUUGCGAGGGGCUUCAAAGGGUUAGCGCUUGAGCUGAACUCAGCUGAGACAGCAGAUGCCCCAAACCAGAGGUUUUUUUGGGAGAUUUGCUGCUAGACUGUUUUCCCUUGGUCUGGCAAGGGGCACAAAGGCAAGGAUCCUGUUGACCGUGUAUUGCCUUAUGCUGCUCACCUGUCGCAGGGAACAAACUGCUGGGGAGAAGGAGGGAGUGGAGAGGGAGGAUCCCAGCCUGAACUCUUCCCCACUCUGUAUUUCAGCAAACGUUUUGAGAUUAAUAGUUUGCUUAUGUAUUUGCUUGCAACCUUUUAAUUCUUUUUGGUCUUACAGGGUCAUAUGUUACGUUCUGGUCUUGUCUGACAAGGGGCAGAAACAGCUGGAGAACAGUGACCUUACUUCUUGGUCCCUUUCUCAGCAGGGCUGGAUGGUAGCCAGCAUUUUCAUACAGAAAAAGCAGAAAUUGCUGCCACACGUUAUGCCGUAGAAAUGAACAGUUGGAGGUGCAAGUACCUUGUAAGGCUGAGCUCAAAAAGCCUUGCCUCUCAGAUCAGCCUGGCUUCCUGUAAAAGACAGUCCAUUGCAUGGGUGCAGAGGUCAAAGGAGAAGCAGGCAAUUCUUGCUGUCGGCUCUUUAGUGUUUCACGGGGAGGGUUAUAAGUAAAACAUACAGGCUGAUCAGAGAAAUGGGUUUUUGCACUUUGAGCUUGGCUCUAAUAAAUAAGAAAUGAGAAUUUUGGAAGUCCUUUUAAGCAUCAGAAAGGGCUCCCAUCUGUUUCGUGAGGGUUAGUUCAGGUCGCCAGUUAGACACACCUUCAUUUUCAACCUGUCUCCUGAUGUCUUGCUUUACCAAAGUACUGUUGAAGCAAAUUAGUUUCUUAGUUAAACGUGAUGUAAUUUUUAGAACGUUCAUGUUACAAAUUGUAAAAUCUCAAGGAAUGAUUUUCAAAUUGAAGUGGAGAGUAUCCUCAAAACGUUUGUCCAUGGAGAAAAACCUUACGCUUGUCAAGUAUCUCUUCUGAUG